AUGCCCAAGCCAUCGGAGCUGUCAAAGUCGGCGUCGCAGAACGACUGCAACGACUGCAACGACGCAGACGCAAUUCGGCCCACACGCCUAGGCAGCCCGAAAGCCGGCCCUACUCAGGAUGUCGGUCCAUCGGAUGAGCCUCCCAGCGAGGCACCUGUCGUCGACGACAGGCCUGACUACUCCGUCUUCACGACGUGGGAGAAGCGUGCCAUCGUGCUCGGUGUGGCCAUUGGAGCCUUCUUUUCUCCUCUUACGGCCCAGAUCUACUUGCCUGCGCUCAAUACCCUCGCAGCGGAUCUGGAUGUCUCGAUAAGCCGUAUAAACCUAACGGUGACGACUUACAUGAUCUUCCAAGGGAUCACCCCUAUGUUCAUCGGCUCCUUCGCCGACAGCACAGGCCGCCGUCCGGCAUACUGCAUCUGCUUCGUGGUAUAUAUUGCGGCCAAUAUCGGGUGCGCCCUCGCACCCAACUACGCGGCGCUUCUAGUUCUUCGCAUGUUGCAAUCUGCAGGGUCCAGCACAACGGUUGCGCUCUGUCAAGCAGUUGUCGCCGACGUUGUCACUUCCGCCGAGAGGGGCCAGUACGUCGGAUUCACAGCUCUGCCUAUUCUCCUUGCCCCAGCCAUAGGCCCGGUAUUGGGAGGCGUUCUGUCGCAGUUCCUCGGCUGGCGCUGGAUAUUCUGGGUCCUGGCUAUCAUGGCCGGUUUUGUGUUCAUCUUGUACGCGUUCUUCAUACCAGAGACUUGCCGUAACAUUGUGGGAGACGGAUCAAUCCGCCCACACCUAAUGUACCGCACGUUGUGGCAAAUAUGCAAAGACGCUUGGCGAAAGCGUCGCGCCGCACGCAGCGAUGCCUCGGGAGGUGUGGCAUUGCAAGUUACUCCAUCACAUGCAUCGACAAAACGCAGUGUUCACAUGAAGAAGUUCAACGUCUUCAAGUCACUCACUAUCCUCUUCGAGAAGGAGAUUUUCAUCCUGCUUUCGUACAGCAGCAUCGUCUUCGCGGGUUUCUACUGCGUCGCCACCUCUUUGCCCACCCAAUUGCACGAGCAUUACGGUUUGGACGACGUCAAGGUGGGACUCAUGUUUCUCCCCUUUGCUGGUGGAAGUACCAUUGCGGCUCUCGUCAACGGGAAGUUGAUCAAUUGGAACUACCGCCGGCACUGCAAGAUUCAAGGCGUACCCUUCGAGAGAAAGAAGGAGCAGGACUUGGUCGGCUUUCCGAUCGAGCGCGCGCGGUUGGAGAUCGGUGGGCCUAUGCUUCUAUUUGCCUCGGCCAUCCUCCUCGCCUGGGGCUGGGCUCUUCAGUAUCGUGCUCAUCUUGCCGUCCUAUGCGUGCUGCUAUUUUUGCUAGGAUGGGGACUUAUCGGCUUCAGCAACACGACGAACGUCUUGCUCGUCGAUAUCAAUCCCAAGAAUGCGGGAGCCGCCACUGCCAGCAACAAUCUGACCAGAUGUUUAGUUGGUGCUGCGGCAACUGCAGUCAUCGGGCCCAUGAUCAACGGCAUAGGGGCCGGCUGGUCGUUUACCAUUCUGGGGGCCCUCUAUGUCAUUGGCUUGCCGGCAUUGUACUUGAUCAUGCGGCAUGGUGUCAGGUGGCGUAAGGAGAAGGAAGCAAGGAAGUCGGCACGGAAGGCGAGGAAGAACGGGGGCAUCGUUGAAGAGAAGAACUAG